AUGACAGAUAUUACGCCACCCGUAUUGGUUACUUUGGCUAGCGGCCAUAUUAGGGGCGUCGGCCUGCGCGUCGUUGAGCUUUCGCGUGAGUUAGGCGUUCCCGUCCGCGCUAUGGUCCGCUUAGUGAAUGAGCGUUCCGCGCAACUCCGUUCCCUGGGCGCAGAGGUUGUGGCUGACGACCUCACGAAGAUGGAAGAAGUUUUCCCCAUCGUCCGAGGCUGCCGACGCAUCUACCUCAGUAUAAGCCUCUCGCCCCAGUACGUGGAAGUGAUGGCUGCGGCUGCGGGGGCAGCUCGCGAUCUCGAGCUCAUAAUCAACAUGUCUAUCUACAACGUCUCGUUCACGUCGCCUUACGAGGCGACCAAAUCGCCGCAGCACGAGGAGAUAUUUAAUCAGAGUAGCGUGCCUGUUACACACCCCCAGCCAACGCUGUUCUUUCGAAUUCCGUUGCUCUGGGAUCUCGUGGCCGCAUCUAUUCAGGACUUGGGCAAGAUUCGCCUGCCAUUCGGUCGUGGGCGCUUCGCUCCUAUUAAUAGCAACGAUAUGGCAGAGGUCACAGCGAAGGUUUCGCUCGAUCCCGCCAAGUACAAAGAGCAGAUCCUAGAGCUUACCGGUACAAAUUCAGAGGAUAUAAAAGCUAUUGCCGGUGAGUACGCCGCUGCACUGUGUCGCCCUGUCGAGUACAAGGAUAUUCCCCUCUACACAUUUCACAACAAAGUGCUUACAAGCCCUGCGCUGGAAAUCCACACCCAUACCGCUAGGCACCUCCGGACGCUCAGGAAACUGUAUGCAGCGAACAAGUUUUAUUUCAGUUCGAAGGCGGUUAAGGGGAUUUUAGGCCAACCAGCUACAAGUAUAUACAAUGUCAUCAAGGAUCCUAGCGGCGGUUUCCCCAUCGCUUCCAGGACUCCCUGA